AUGAAAGUAAUAUGCGUUGGUUUUCCGAAAACAGGGUCAAAAACCUUGUCGGCCUGUUUGAAUCACUUUGGAUACAAAGUCGCCGAUUUGAUGGAAAAUGUGGAAAUGAACAAAACAUGGCUGAGAAUAAUGGAGAGAAAGAUUCCCUUUUCUCGAAUUCUUCGAGAGUACAAAAAGCGAGGCUACAACGCAAACCAAGAUGUUCCAUCAACCCUAUAUUGGCGAGAAUUUGUCACGCAUUGUCCAAAAGCCAAGGUGAUUCUGACAGUUCGAGAUUCAGGAGAGCAGUGGUUCGAAUCGCGACUGCGAUGGGUACGAAGUCUGAGAAAAUAUUCCAUCGGUGGAAUUUUUCCCUUUUGGCUUUUGCUUUUUCUGAUGUCGUUUGGUUUUAUGGGCAAAACAGCCAAGCGACAAAUGAAAAUCAUGCAGCUUUGGAUGGAGAGAUUCCUCAAAAUAAAACCGGGCUUUGACUUUUGCUUUCAAGAAGAGUAUGAAAGAUUUUUCAUCGAGAACAAAGCAAUGAUGAUCGAAAAUUACAACGAUCAUAUUUUACGGGUAACCAGAAGUGUUCCGGCUUCUCGGCUUCUUGUGUGGAAUGUCAAAGAUGGUUGGGAGCCUCUUGCGAAAUUUCUCAACAAACCGAUUCCCGAGAUCCCCCUUCCGAUGGAAAACGCUUCCGGAUCGAAUGUUGAAUGGCGCCGGAGAAAUUGGAACGACCAUCCGAUCAUGAAAGAAGCAAGGGAAAAGCUUUUUGUAUCAUUGAUUAUGCUUGCGAGUUUUCUGUUCAUUCUUUUCUCCUUCAUCUUGCUCCGCCCGGUAGCUCAAUAA